CAUAUGAUUUACAUCUUGUUACAGGUAUACGUGACUUAUUUGCUGAUCUACCUACUAUUUUGUAUUGGUUCUUAUUGCGUAUGCAGCCUAGUCUUUCACCUAAUUCCAACACCUGCCGCUAAUCACGUUGACCAUUUAUGAAAAUUCUUUCUGCAAUAAAAAGUCCAAAUGAUUUGUAAUAUAUCUAAGAAGUAUCAUUAUGAAGAAACUAUUGCUACAUGAGAAAGCAAAAAUGCAUAGAAAGAAGAGAAAUUACAUAAUUCGCUAUUGCUGUUCAGAGGAAUGUGCGAUACGUGAGAACUGCAAAGGUCCUAUAAAAUAUUCUAAGAAUUGUAGGUCUCGAAAAUUUGUCAUUGCAGAGAAUCACGUAGCCACCUACAGUUUUAACACGUAGCUAACGAUGCUACGUGAUUGUGAUGUGCUAGGAUCCAGAUUGAUUAGUCGUAAGAUGACGUUGUUUCGAAUACGAACGAAUUUUGUUCUCAUCGAUCAUUAAAACUGACAACACGAUACCGUAGGAGGAAGAGGAUAUAAGGACGUGUGAUGGAAUUUAAAAAAUGCAAAUCAAGUACUUUUAUUUGAAACAUAUACAUAGCAGUUGCGUAAGUUCCUUUAAAGUUUAUGAAAUUUUGUAAUAAUAAACAUCUUGAGAGAUCACUAAACUCAUCCCUCGUAAAUUCCGGAUUGCUCGAAUAGCAUACCCCCUACGAUUACAUGAUCUCGUGAUUGGCUGAUCAUGGAUCAGUGGUGGGGGAAGAUAUAAAAGCGGGUUACAUUCACGGAGCAGCGCAGUGUGCGACAGUUCGGAUUAGCUUUCGCGUCAGUUCGCGUCGCGGUUUCUAAAUUGUUUCUCAAAGAAUUUUUUAAAUUUUAUCAACGUGCCAUUGUUGGUCGUAAUUGGCAUAACGAAUUCGGUAUUAUUUCGAACGUAUGUAGAUUAUUUUAUUUUUGUCAAUUACGGUUUUUCCACAAAACACGAGGAACCAUGUGUGUACGUACGGUUGUCGGUACCGAAAGCAGCAAGCCGGUAGCAGUAUACAACAACCAGCAGAACAAAUUUCAAAAAGCAAAAGAAAAAUACAUGAAGUUACACGACGAAAUGGUUGCUAAGGAGCUGGAAAUCAUCGAAGAACGGAAAAGUCAAACAGUCUUCAUACCAGAACUUGCCGAUGACAUUUUGAGGGCCAGCACCAUAAACUACAGCUCGUUGCUGAAAGUAUUAUCAAAGUAUUACGAGGCGAUACAGCAAACAAAGAUAUUCAAAGUUUUAUUCUACACCACGCAACCAGCUCACGUAAUCAUGAUCGCAGCAGUAUUGUGCGUAACAUCGGCUCUUGUAUCGACGACCGAGAGAACACAUGUUGGUCAUUCUCAAUCUAGAGCAACCUCUUUCAUCUACCUUGCAUCGUUCGUGAUGCAUCUUGGUGCCCAAGUCUGGAUGACAUUUGUCUCGGGUCUUUCGUUAUAUUUUGCAUUGCCAAGACACACGUUCGGAGAGGUACAACGUAUUUUGUUUCCGAGAUACUUUACCAUCAAUGCCUGUCUCAGUUUUACCACCCUUCUGAUAUUCGUCAAGUACCACCCAAUACACACAUGGAACACUGAAAUUGCCAUUCAGGUGGGUGCAAUGUUUAGCGCCUUCUUUUUGGAGCUACUGAUACGACUGUAUCUGACACCACCUCUUCUGCAACUGAUAGUACAAAAGAACACUUUGGAACGUGCCGCUGGAGUCGGCAAUGAAAUCGGUGUUCAUAAUCCAGGCCCAUUGAAACACUGCCCUCAUUAUUUAAAGAUUCAUCAAGCCUUUCGACGUGUUCACGUUUACAUUGCAAUGGGAAAUAUGCUAACCAUGGGAUGUACAGUGUUACAUCUUCAUUAUAUAGCUAGCAAAUUAUGCAUUCUUUAAAAAUGCGAUCAAUCCUCCUUGAAUUUCAUUGAAUACGCACGUAUUCAGAUGUUUCGUAUAACAGUGGGGAUGAAAUUUCAUGAUUAUUAUAAUAUGGUAGAGAGAAUGAGAGUUUAGCAUUUGUGCUUCUAAAUAUGCGAAAUAUUUAAUGAGAAUAUCUGACACAGUUUUUAGAAUGAAAAACAAAAAAUAUAUACUGCCAAGUUUUACCAUAAUUAAUUGUAUACGAAAGAAACUGAACUUGAUCUAUCCUUCGUAGAACGAGUAUUCAGUGUAAUUUAGUCGCAUUUUCGUCGUAGAGAAUUUUAAUUCCUGAACGUUAUGAGCAUUUAAUGAACCUUCUGAAACGAAGAACAUUAGUUAUUUAAUUUAUUAUUAACGCAAUGCAUUAAUUAUAAUAAAAGUGCAAAAAAUAGAUAACGAUAAACGUAAGUUAUACUUUCACGUUUAUCCAUGAGAUUCUACAUUGAUAUUUUUAUUGUUAAUCGCUUCCUCUUUUUCUUUGAUUUUUUUCUAGAAAAGUGCAAUGUGCGUGCUUGUGGAGACGUAUGCCUUUUGAUUGAAAUGUAAGAAAAUAAAACGCAAUUUUAUCUGGAGGAAUGAAUGAAUCAUGAAUGAAAAAUAUGAUGUAGAAUAAAAGUGCAUGUUUUUAGUCUUUAUUUGUUUUAAGCAAAUAUACGCAAAAUUUAAACGAGGACUUCCCUUCUUGAGGUAAUAACUAAGUCUUGCCAAAGUUUAAUAUAAAUUAUUAUAUAAAUGGUUUUAAUCGUUGAUAUUGAAUUGAAUUGAAAAUGUAAGGUAAUUAAAAACUUACUCUGUAUCAGAGUUAAUAAUAUUUAUUAAAGUAGCACUAGUAUAUAAUAGCUUAAUUUCUAUAAGUGUGUCAAGUUGUUGGAUAUUCUAUAAAAGAAAAAAAAAA